AUGACAGCUGACAGUGACGUGUCUGUCCGUGCAAAUUUCCAGAAUGGUGAUUUGAAGACUUUUGUGACUCGCCCUGCCCAUCCUUGCACGCCGCGUUAUAAAAGUCCCCCCCAUGAGUGGGUACCCUCCAGAACGCACAGGAGCAGAAAACACCUGAGGACAACUUCUAUCUAAACCAUCCUUUAAACCCUCAACUCAAUGUAAGUACUUCUAUUACAUCUAUAGGCAUUAUUUAAACAAGAUUGGUUUAGGAUUAUUUAAAAAAAACCUUUUUGUCUAAUCAUUCUAUACACAGGCAUAUAGGUUUUAUACGCUUUUCUAUAAAGCUUUUAUCAACCAAUUUCAUUGCCUUCACUGAAACUGACAUUUUUAAAGAAUUAAUCUGAGGAAGUCAAAUAAAUAUAAAUUACAUUUUAAACAUCAAAAAGAGAUCAGUAUAAGGUAUCCUCCAGUUAAUUUCGACAACAGGUAGGGAACAUAUUUCACUUUUGACUUUUGAUGUUCUCAAGUUUUACCCUGGUAUAAAUGUAAGAUUUCAUAGCCUAAGCAAUACAGAGCUUUGACAAUGAAAUGGUUAAUAUGGUGCAAAAUCGUUUUCUGAUAUUUUUCUCUUUUGAUUCCUCAAUGCUAAAGAUGCAUCCUAACUUGGGUACCUGGCUGGGCGCACUGACGCUCCUCGUCUGGACCUUUAUAUGCAUCGGCACGCUCGCGGAAGGCUACCCCGUCAAACCUGAAAACCCCGGAGAAGAUGCGCCCGCGGAGGAACUUGCCAAGUAUUACUCCGCUCUUAGACAUUACAUCAACCUCAUCACAAGGCAGAGGUGA